AUGCCAGGCCCAGCACCAUCAGACGAGCUGGUUUUCUUUGUGAAUGGGAGGAAGGUGGUGGAGAGGAACAUGGACCCAGAAGGUACUCUGCUGACCUUCCUGCGAAAGAACUUGUGUCUCACAGGAACCAAGUAUGCCUGUGGAACAGGAGGCUGCGGUGCCUGCACGGUGAUGGUGUCCACGUACGACCCCGUGUCCAGGAAGAUAAGACACUUCUCCGUCACCGCGUGCCUGGUGCCCAUCUGCUCUCUGCAUGGUGCUGCUGUCACCACUGUGGAAGGCGUUGGAAGCAUCAAAACUAGGAUUCACCCUGUGCAGGAGCGGAUCGCCAAGAGCCACGGCACCCAGUGUGGGUUCUGCACCCCUGGGAUGGUGAUGUCCAUGUACACACUGCUCAGAAACCAUCCGCAGCCCUCUGAGGAGCAGCUCAUGGAAGCCCUGGGGGGGAAUCUAUGCCGCUGCACUGGGUACCGGCCAAUUCUUGAGAGCGGAAGGACCUUCUGCACGGAGUCAAAAGCCUGUCAGCAGAAAGGAGAAGGAAAAUGCUGCUUGGAACAGGAAGAAAACGAUCUUUCCUCCCUCAGCAGGGAGAGUGACACCUGCACAAAAUUAUUUGCAAAAGAGGAGUUCCAGCCCUUGGACCCUACCCAGGAGCUCAUCUUUCCUCCAGAACUCUUGAGGAUGGUGGAGAACCCAGAAAAACAAACGCUGACCUUUCGUGGAGAGAGGGUUACCUGGAUCUCUCCUGGGACCCUCACGGAUCUUCUAGAGCUGAAAGUGAAGCACCCCGAAGCCCCCCUCAUCCUGGGCAACACCUCGCUGGGACCUGCCAUGAAAUCUCAAGGACGUUUUCACCCCAUUCUCCUGUCUCCUGCUCGGAUCUUGGAGCUGAGGAUGGUAACUGAAACUAGUGACGGACUGACGAUCGGUGCUGCCUGCCCCCUGGCGCAGAUGAAGCACAUCUUGGCUAAGAGCAUAGCCGAGCUCCCGGAGGAGAAAACCCAGACGUACCGGACCCUCUUGAAGCAGCUGAGCACCCUGGCAGGACAGCAGAUCCGGAAUGUAGCAUCCUUAGGGGGCCACAUCAUGAGCCGGCAUGGCUAUUCAGACCUGAACCCAGUUCUUGCUGUGGGCAACGCGACCCUCAACCUGGUGUCACAAGAAGGCAGGCGCCAGAUUCCUCUGAAUGAACAUUUUCUUGCUGGGUUGGCAAGUGCGGAUCUUAAGCCAGAGGAAAUUUUGGAAUCUGUGCAUAUUCCUCAUUCUCAAAAGUGGGGAUUCAUGUCAGCCUUCCGCCAGGCUCAGAGCCAACAGAAUGCCUUACCCCACGUGACUGCAGCCAUGCGGGUCCUGUUCAAGGAAGGCACAGACCACGUGGAGGACCUGAGUGUGGCCUACGGAGGGGUGGGGUCCACCACCGUCAGCGCACACACAUCCUGCCGGCAGUUCCUCGGGAGGCGCUGGACUGAGCAGGUACUGGACGAGGCCUGCAGGCUGGUUCUGGACGAAGUCUCCCUCCCAGGCUCAGCCCCAGGUGGCAGAGUGGAGUUCAAGAGGACGCUAGUGGUCAGCUUCCUCUACAAGUUCUACCUGGAGGUUCUGCAGGGACUGAAGAAGCUAGAACAGCCAUUCCCUGUGCCUGACUGCUGUCGUUAUCCUGAAAUUCCAGACCGAUUCCUAAGUGCUCUGGAAGAUUUCCAAGUUGCAGUAUCCCAGGGAGUCCAAACAUACCAGAGUGUGGAUUCUUGCCAGCCUCUCCAAGACCCGGUUGGACGCCCCGUCAUGCACCUGUCAGGUCUGAAACAUGCCACUGGUGAAGCCAUGUUUUGUGACGACAUCCCCAAGGUAGAUAAAGAGCUUUUCAUGGCGCUGGUGACCAGUAGCAGAGCUCAUGCAAAAAUCAUAUCCAUUGAUGUGUCCGAGGCCCUUGAACUACCGGAAGUGGUUGAUGUGGUAACAGCAAAAGACAUUCCAGGCACCAAUGGUACGGAAGACGACAAGUUGCUGGCCGUAAACGAGGUAAUCUGCGUAGGCCAGAUCAUAUGUGCUGUGAUUGCAGAGACAGAUGUCCAGGCAAAACGAGCAAUUGAGAAGAUAAAGGUUACCUAUGAAGAUUUGAUGCCUGUCAUCCUGACUAUCGAGGAUGCCAUAAGACACAAUUCAUUCCUGUGCCCUGAAAAAAAGCUUGAACAAGGAAACAUUGAGGAGGCAUUUGAAAAAGUUGACCACAUUGUCCAAGGCGAUGUCCACGUUGGCGGACAGGAACAUUUUUACAUGGAAACGCAAAGAGUGCUUGUUAUUCCCAAGACAGAGGACCAAGAAUUGGACAUUUAUGCAUCAACACAGGACCCAGCCCACAUGCAGAAAACGGUGUCCUUGACUUUAAACAUCCCCAUCAACCGAAUCACCUGUCAUGUCAAACGAGUGGGUGGAGGUUUUGGAGGGAAAGUACGAAGGCCGGCUGUCUUUGGGGCGAUCGCAGCUGUGGGUGCUAUCAAAACUGGACAUCCCAUUCGUCUUGUUCUUGAUCGUGAAGAUGAUAUGUUAAUAACUGGGGGAAGACACCCAUUAUUUGGAAAAUAUAAAGUGGGAUUCAUGAACAACGGGCGAAUCAAAGCUCUAGACGUUGAGUGCUACAUUAACGGAGGCUGCACACUGGAUGACUCGGAGCUGGUAACAGAAUUUCUCAUCCUGAAGCUGGAAAAUGUAUAUAAGAUUCGCAACCUCAGGUUCCAGGGUCGUGCAUGCAUGACAAAUUUGCCAUCCAAUACAGCAUUUCGAGGAUUUGGUUUUCCACAAGGAGCCCUGGUGACAGAAUCUUGCAUCACAGCUGUGGCUGCCAAAUGUGGCCUUCCACCAGAAAAGAUUAGGGAGAAAAACAUGUACAAAACCAUUGAUAAAACCAUCUAUAAACAAGCAUUCAACCCUGAGCCCCUGAUCCGAUGCUGGAACGAGUGCCUGGACAAGGCUUCCUUUCACAGCAGAAGAAUGCAAGUGGAAGAGUUCAAUAAGAAGAAUUACUGGAAGAAAAGAGGCCUUGCCAUUGUCCCCAUGAAGUUUUCAGUUGGCUUUGCUGCAACAAGCUAUCAUCAGGCGGCUGCACUUGUUCACGUCUACACAGAUGGGUCUGUGUUGGUCACUCAUGGAGGCAGUGAACUGGGACAAGGCAUUCACACCAAGAUGCUGCAGGUGGCCAGCCGUGAAUUGAAAGUACCCAUGUCCUCUAUACACAUCAAUGAAACAAGCACAGCAAUGGUGCCUAAUACAGUUGCCACAGCAGCGUCCGUCGGUGCAGAUGUCAAUGGCAGAGCCGUGCAGAAUGCUUGUCAGAGCCUUCUGAAACGCCUUGAGCCCAUCAUUAAGAAGAAUCCGGAAGGUACCUGGGAAGACUGGAUAGAAGCUGCAUUUGAACAAAGAAUCGGUCUCUCGGCCACUGGAUACUUCAGGGGCUACAAGGCCUUCAUGGACUGGGAGAAGGGGGAGGGAGAACCGUUUCCCUACUAUGUCUAUGGAGCUGCCUGUUCUGAGGUUGAAAUUGACUGCCUGACAGGCGCUCACAAGAAAAUCAGAACAGACAUCGUCAUGGAUACAAGUUGCAGCCUAAAUCCAGCCAUUGACAUUGGGCAGAUUGAAGGUGCGUUUGUCCAGGGAAUGGGCCUAUAUACCACGGAAGAGCUGAAAUACUCCCCGGAAGGCAUCCUGCACUCUCGGGGCCCAGAUGAGUACAAGAUUCCAGCCGCUGCUGACAUCCCAGAGGAGUUCAAUGUCUCCUUGCUGCCGUCAUCACAGAAUCCCCUAAGCAUCUACUCAUCUAAGGGCCUGGGAGAGUCUGGGAUGUUCCUGGGGUCGUCUGUGUUCUUUGCCAUUGCUGAUGCUGUGGCCUCAGUACACAGAGAAAGAGACACAGGCGAGGACUUCACGGUGCACAGCCCUGCCACACCAGAACGGGUCCGAAUGGCCUGUGCAGAUCGCUUCACAGAAAUGAAUUUGUUUCCUGGGUGGCCCAGUCAGCACCAGCUGCAGCAGGAACAGUCCCAGGAAACAUCUCCGAAGUGCCAUUUUGGAGUUGGCUUUCCCUCCAGCUGUACUGAGCACCCAUGCACCCCAUGGGAGAGGUGCACCGAGAGUUCUCAAACGCCCCAGUUGAAGGCUUCGCUCUCUAGUGAACAGGGUGGGGCUGCCUUGGAAGGGGAUGUACCAGCUGGUGCAGCAGCUCAGAUGUUUGUGGGGCUCAAGGGAAGCCGCAAACACAAGGACCAUGGGAUCAGAUAG